UAAAUAUAGUACUCCGUAAUUUAGUAGGGAUCUUCCCCUGAAUCCAUGUGUUGGAAAGAACAUUGUAAUUGUAGAAAAAUAUGAACAUUGGACAAAAGAUUCCUCCGUUCCGUGUUGUGCUGCGCCCUUCCCCCACUCUCUCUCCUCCACACACCGCAACCGCGACGUUGAGUUCCCUCGAUCCAAUACCAGAGCAGCUCUCCUUUCCUUCACAAUUUCUAAAUCCGAGCCUUCUAAAUUCACUCUGGGAGAUCCACAUUCCUAUUCCCAUUCCGUCAUUUACCCACAUUCCCACAAACAACACGGUGGAGAAGAAGAGGGAACAAAGAAAACAAUGCAUUCCAUAAAAGAACGAGUUUCAGAGACCCUUUCGCGUCUCUUUUCUGAUUCUCCAAUUCAAUCUGUAGAUAAUCCGCCUCAGCCCCAGGCUCAGCCUCAGGCUGGUCCAGAGACGAAGGAUGGAAAAACUUUAACUUCCGUACUUUCUUUUGUGCUCCCCUCGUCAAAGUUUGAUAGAUUGAAAUCAUUGAAAGAGCAACAUGAUAAUACGCCAGUCCACUCGCCUUCUUUUACGUGGAGAAGUAGAAGCUUUAAAUUGGAAGAUAAACCAUUGGAAAGAUUCGAUGAUUAUGACCUUGACGAUGAUUACAAAGACAUCCCAGAUUUUAAUGGAGAGGAUGAAUUCAGUAGAAGCAAUUUUUUUAAUGCACAGGGAGAAAUCUGUGAGCCUAAUUCUGCAAGAAGCGUUGUUAGUUGCUACGAAGAUUAUGAGGAUGCCCGUGAUGGAGUUGACUAUGAAGUCAUGCCUAAUCUCAUAAACGAGUCUCUUUUCGUUACUCCCGACUUGUAUGAGUUUCUCCAAGCAUCCCUUCCUAAUAUAGUCAAAGGUUGUCAGUGGAUGCUGUUGUACAGCACGGAUAGAGAUGGUAUAUCACUCCGGACACUCAUUCACAAGAGUGCCGAUACUUCUGGUCCUUGUUUGCUGAUUACUGGUGAUAAGGAAGGUUCCGUAUUUGGUGGACUGCUCGAGGCACCAUUGACGCCUACUGCAAAGCCAAAAUAUCAGGGGACAAAUCAAUCAUUUGUGUUUACAACUUUAUAUGGUGAGCCCAGGAUGUUUAGACCAACUGGUGCCAAUAGAUAUUUCUUUUUGUGUAUGUACGACCAACUUGCCUUUGGAGGGGGUGAAAAUUACGCAUUAAGUGUUGAUGGAGAUCUGUUGACUGGCAGCAGUGGGCCUUGUGAGACAUUUGGAAACUUAUGCUUAGCCAAUAAUCAAGAGUUUCAGUUAAAGAAUGUUGAGCUUUGGGGAUUUACACAUGCUUCUCGAUAUCUUGUCUGAUUCCUCAUCUCAUUAUCUCAACAAUUGGUGUGCUGUGAACCUCGGAUCACAUAGUAAGGCUCGGUGAACAUCACUUGCAGGUGUCUUCACCAUUAACUUGAAAGAUCGUAAAUAUAACAACAAUGAGCAUUUAAACCCAUAAUUAGUAAUUCCUUUUAAACAGGCCAUGGUAUAUCUAGUUACAUACACCAUGCUAUUAUCUUCUAGUCUAGUUAAAUAACAAUAACAAUCAGAUUCUGUUAUGAUAUUCAGGUUAUAAUUUGCCUAUGGUUCCUACAAUUAUAGAGAUGAAUAUUCAUCGGGCAUUCAUCACCAAUAUGAAGCUGUGUUUUGCGGUAUAUUUUGCAUUGCCCCCACCCAUAUACGUUAGAAAACAGAUCAUUCUUUGUUUUUUCAGCUUCCUAUGAGAAAUUAUUUACCCCUAUAUUGCUGUACAUGAUUUAUAUUCAAGGUUACGAAAUAUUGUUUUGUAAGAAUGUUAUAUACAUUGCUUCUCUUUAGUGAGAAUUCUGGGCUCGCCCUAUCAAUACUGAGAACUUGAAUGAU